AUGACUUUCACCGGCUUGUUCAAAAGACGCAAUCAGGACUCUCAGGAGUCUGUCAUCACAGAGACAAACAUGGGCGGUCAAUCAGUAGUUACUGCUACUGACGAUAUUAUGGACUCCAAGGAAGGCACUGUCGCGACUGAAACGCAAGCGAUUGAAUUAGAAAGCGAACAAAACCCAGAAAUCGCAGCCCUACCCAUCCAAGUCCGCCAGACAGUUAGCCUUGAAGACGAUCCAACACUACCGACCAUUACAUUUCGGUACUUUGUGCUUUCUAUCCUUUUUGUCGCCCCCGGUGCCUUCUUGUCGCAAAUGAGUUACUUUCGUACCACUCAGGCCCCAUAUUCUGUGUUCUUCGUCCAGAUAGCCUGUCACUAUGUGGGUCAUUUUCUUGCUAACUGGCUGCCCUCGUGGAAUGUCGGUCUUCCGGGAACGAAGUGGAUGUUCAAUUUGAACCCGGGUCCCUGGAGCAUUAAGGAGCACGUCCUGGUGACUAUCACGGCCGCAUCUGGUGCUACGUAUAACCUGGGAUAUGCCCCGAUUGUGCUGUCUGAGCUUUGGUACAAGGAACCAGUCAAUCCAGCGGUAGCCAUCUUCUUCAUGUGGGCUAUUGUAUGGAUUGGGUAUGCUUUCGCUGCAAUUGCCAGAGAGCUUCUGCUUCCCGAUCCACAGUAUCUAUGGCCACAGGCGCUGAUGCAGACCCAGCUUUUUGAGACAUUCCGUAAAACAGACAACUCAUCUCCGUUGGCCCGCCGCCAGAUGAAAGUAUUCUUUUUUGCCCUCCUCGGAAUGACCCUCUGGCAGUUCCUCCCGGAGUAUGUGUUUCCAUUCCUGUCAUCUCUCGCCUUUCUCUGCUGGGUCGCCCCGCAUAAUGCAGUCGCGAACUUCAUCGGAUCUGGCCUUGGCGGUAUGGGUUUUCUGAACCUUUCCUUGGAUUGGUCUAAUAUCAACUGGAAUGGAUCGUCGAUCUUGCUCACGCCAUUCUGGACCCAAGUCAUCUUAUUCGCGGCAUUCGUGUUCAACAGCUGGGUUCUCGUCCCCGCUGCGAAAUGGGGAAAUCUCGGCUCUUUCAAGUAUGGCCUAAUGUCUAAUGAUCUUUUUCUUGCGAACGGGACCACAUAUCCAACGCUAGAUGUUAUGACGCCAGACUACCAUCUGAACCAAACUGCCUAUGAGGAAUAUGGCCCCAUGUACAUGGGACUGCAGAACGUGUGGGGAACAUUCUUUGCCUAUGCCUCCCUCCCAGCUGCCGUCACGUGGAUUUUAACAUUUGGCUUCUUCCAAAUCAAAGACAACUUUACCCGGGCUGUCAAGUCUCGUAAGUCCAAGAGUGACUCGAACAGGACGGGCGGAAUCCAUUACCAAUACUCUGAUCGCCUAAAUGUUCUCCAAAGAAGCUACAAGGAAAUACCGUUCUGGUGGUAUGGCCUCUUGUUCCUUGUGGCCUUUGUCAUCCUGAUCACUUCCAUUGCGUGUGGAUAUCUAUGGAUCCCAAUCUGGACGCUGUUCGUUGGCCUGGCCAGUGCGGCUGUCUUUGUUCUUCCUUUUGGCUGGCUCUACGCUAUUUCGAACUAUCAACUUGAGUCUGGGUCGUUCAACGAGCUGGUCUAUGGGUAUCUGGUGCACACCAAAGCCGGUAGUGGCCAUCAACAUCCAUGCGGACCCUCCACAUAUGGUGCUAUUGCGGGUGAUGCCUGGUAUCGGGCUCAGUACAUGCUUCAAGACCAAAAGAUUGGCCACUAUAUGCACAUUCCUCCACGGGCGGUUUUUUUCUCCCAGAUCUGGGGCUCCCUGAUUGGCGUUCCUAUUAACUAUGGAGUAAUUCGCUGGAUCAUGGAUACAAAAGGCGACUACAUCUCCGGGGCUAAGACUGAUCCCCUUAACCAGUGGACUGGACAGAAGCUUCAUAAUUCGAAUACCCUUGGUGUACAAUAUGCUAUAAUUGGGCCGAAGAAGCUUUUUUCGGAACCUGAAUUACGGCCUUUGCCAUGGGCCUUCCUCGUUGGUGCAGGCGUUCCUCCCAUUCUCUAUGUGAUCCAUCGCUUUUUCCCGAAGCUGCGGGUAGAUCUCUGGAACUUCAGUAUCUUCUGUACCGGACUUUCGAUGUUCUAUGGAAAUGUCAGUACUGGUCUGACCUCUGCCAUCAUUGGUGGAUACGUUUCCAUGUACUGGGCUUACCGGCGGCACUUCGAGGUGUGGAAGCGAUACAACUACUUGGUGGCUGCCGCAUUUGAUGCUGGGUUCAACUUGAAUAUGCUCCUCAUUUUUAUAUUCUUUGGAGCCGCAAAGGAGAUCUCAAUGCCCCAUUGGUGGGGGAACAAUGCGGACUCCGUGGAGCGGUGCUUUGCUCUGAAUUCUUCAUAA